AAUUGUUGUUUUUUUAAUAAAGGGCUGAAGUCAGUUACCCCAAAAAGCAAAAUUGCAUUGUUCUCUGAGAAGGGUUCAUCAAUUCACAUAUGUAGUACCUCAGAUGAAUGGAAGCAAUCAGGGGGAAAAAAUGAGGAUAAGUUUACUCAGACAGAUAUCCAAGCUCCAAGACUUAAUCCACAUUUAGAUGGAAGGAGACAAUCAUUGGUUACAUACAGGUCUCUUAACCUAAAAAAUUCUCUGUCACCGGUUUUAAGUAAACUGUGCAAUGGCAGUGUACAGUCAGCUGUUGAGUUAUUGUUGCAGGAUAAAACAAGUCACAUAAGGAACCAAGCACUGGCAGGUAUAACUAGAGUUGUACAUAGAGAAUGUUCAAAGUUAUGUAAAAAGUCAGAUUCUUUAUUGAAGACAAGACCUGCAGAUUUAUCCAGCUUUCAAUUUAACAAUCUUCAAGAUGAGUUUGAAAGAGAAAUACCAACAACAUGGAAUCUUCUUUGCUCAGUGGCAACAAACAAACAAAAAAAGUGUGAUAAAAUUAAAGCUACUGUUGCAUGUUGUACAUUAUUCCACAGUAGACAAAUUAGUCUGAAUGCAUUGCAGCAUUGUGUGUCUGUGUGUUUAUACAACAACCAGCUACAAAAGGAAGGAUUUAUGAUCUUGUCAAGACUUGGUGUCACAACAUCACAUGUUACCUUAAAUAAUUCUCUAAACAAAAUGAAAGGAGAUGUUGACAAAAAAAUGUUAGACUUGAGACUGGGUGUUGAAAAUGGAAGUAGAAAAAUCAAUUACAAUGAAAAUAUAACGGAUCACGAGUAUGCUAGGAGUUCUGGAUCCGCAAUUGAAAUGGACCAUGACUACAUGAAACAGAUCUCGCUCAGCAAUGAUUCUGAAAGACAUCAUGGAUACAGAUUUAAUAUUGACAAUUUAGACUUCCUACUGCAAGUCAGAAAUAUGACCCAGGAUCACCAAAACCAGUCAAAGCAUUAUGUACAGCUUAUGGCCAUCAAGGACCGUGUCUACUGUGAAGACCUGAUAGAUGACAGACCCAUGGGGAAUCUGCUAAAUGUGCCAAAUGCUGACUUUCUGCCAAACGGAGAGGACAUAUCAUCACUUAGAGAUGAUAUAAUUACUGUAGUUAGCCAUAUUUUGAUAGAGAAUAUUCCUGCAUUCUCCAUAUUCAAGGGUGUCAUUACACAUGGGUUUGAGCAUGAAUAUUCCGAAGAGAUGAAGGAAAAGUCUGUUGUGGUAGUAGUCAUAAUCAUAAUAGUGUUUUGCAUUGAUCAUGUUGAUUGCUUAUUUAAUUGUUAUUCAAUUGCAGCAGUUUAUAUACAUUUCUGUAACAAAAUUUAAUAAGAUUUAUUCAAUGAUACAACAUAUCUUAAAGUGUUCAACAUUUGGACAUGACAAAUGUUUUUAAGUAAUCAGAAAUGUUAUAAUUGGCUGCAUAUUUCCUUUUUUUAUAUUUUAGAGUUAGUUGAAGACUGGUUUAUAAUGAUUCAGUAGUAUUGCAAAUGCAAUUGGUAAUGAUAAAAAGCCAUUGUAAUUGCAAUUACUUCUGAAACAAAGCUUUCGUCAGAUCAUUGGAUACAAGGCAUGGUGUACUCAAGUUCUGAAAACAGUUCACAAAAAGCCAAAUAUACAUUGUGUGUUGGAAAUAGAUAAGUCACAUUCUCAUCUAUUUCAGUUCUGUGAGUAAUUGUUCAAUAUCAUUGUCUGUACUACUACUCAUGAUCAUUAUCAUUAUUAAGUGAUAUGGUUUUGCUGGGAAAAUAUUCAUCUAACGGUUUGGCAACUCUAUGUGACUGACUUGAAUGAUGUUAAUAUUGCACAUAUUUUGCAUGAAU